AUGGAGGACAGCCCUUCUCUGAAGCUGCCAUCCUCCUCCAGCUCUUCCUGUGCUCCUGUUCCCUCUCUCCGCGGAGCAGGGGAUUCAGCCAAUGACAGCAAUAGUGGCAGGAAGUCCUAUUUCUCACAGGACUCCAAGCUGGUGAGUAAGAUGGAGUAUGGACCAGCCAGCGCUGACACUGUGCACGGUGGCAAUCGAAUGAACUCCAAAGCUAAAGUGCAGUGCGUGACCAAGACAACUGUUGCCGGGGGAGACUAUCCCCACGGCAACCCCAACAUUCCACCCCUUCCUCCUCCACCUGCGCUGAAACCCUUAGAACUAGGGGGGCAGAACCUGCCCUCAGAAGUCAAGCCCCCGCCCCACCCCCACCACUACAGCCCCACCGGCUGGCAGGGAGGCACGGCAACCGGUUGCCAGGGGAGCUGGGGCUACGCCCGUUACUCCGGUAACCACCACGCUCACCAGCCGCAGCACCAACCACCAGUGCAGCAGCAGCAACUGCCAUCCGUCUACAACCCCCCUUCAUCCCGUCAUUCGUCCUCCUCCCACCCCCCUUACCUCCCCCACCCCCACAAGGAAUACCUCCCCAGGUACGCUGCUGGGGGAGGGGAGAGGGCGGCGGCCGGCGUGAGGGUGGAGUAUGGGGGGAGGGAGAUAGGUAGGGAUUUCUCGGCUAGUAGUGGUGGUAACAGCAGCACUUCUGGUGGGAUGGGGGGUCCUAAUGGGGUCCAAGGGAGGGAGUUUGGGGGUCAGAACCGGGAGUACCCAGGCCUGGGACCUCAGGGCUCUGGGAGAGACCCCCCCAUGGGUCCUGGGGGAAGAGAGUUUGGACCGGGGGGGUUCAGAGAAAGAGAGAGGGAUAGAGAUAGAGAGAUGGAGGGAGAGAGGGAUGUAGGAGGAAGGGAGUUCUCUUUACAGAAUCGUAAUGAGAAUCAGAACAGAGAGUUUGGACCCACCAGUGCUGGGGGAGGAAGGGGGCACCCCAGAGACAAAGAGGGUGGGCGGUGGGGCGAGUUUGGGGGCCAGAUGAGAGAGGUGGGGGGCAAUGGCAACCCCAAUAAUAACCCCCUCCCCCAAGGAAACCCCCCAAGCUCGACCAGUGGGUUACCUGCGGCCCCCAUGCUAAACCGCGACCCCCCUUCCUCACCCCAAAACAACCCCAGCCACCCUUCCCUACCACCCCACCCACAUCCUCAAAGUGCCUCCAAACGAGACUACCCCCCAUCGAUGGAACAGGCACAGACAAGGCACAGCCCCCCCUCUGGACCUGAACACUUCCACAGAGAGUACCCUCCUGGGGCCAAGGACUAUCCACCUGGUGGCCCACCCUCCACCGGCCCAGCACGUGAGUUCCCCAGCCCCCCCGGAAUGACUCCAAACCGAGACUACCCAGGUGGACCUCAGAUCCCCCACCUGUCCCACCCCCACUUUCCAACCCAGCAGCCCAGAGACAGGGACCGAGAGAGGGACGCCAACCAGCGAGAGUCGGCUCUCUACCAAAACCGUGGUGGUCCACCCCAACCCCCGUCUGUUUCUCCCUCCUCUUCCUCCUCCACUCCUCAUGGACACCCUCUGAAUGCUCCUUACCCUCCUCCGCCACCUCCUCCCCCUCUCCCCCCUCCGCAAACCUCCCUCGCUCAGCCCCAACCCCCCUCCGUCCUGGGACCCAAUCACGUUCGUCCGGCAAAUUACCCGUCCUCCAAUCAGACUCCUGCAACACCCCUUUCUCCUUUACCAAGCCCCUCGACCAAUCAGAUGGGAGGGUUUCCUUCCUACCCGCCAGGCUCCUCCUCCGGGGCCAACAUGCCACUUCCUGGUUCAGGUGUGUCACCUGGCUGUCGGCCCUCACCCUUCCACAGCACUUUGAACAGCCACGCCCCCUUCAGCGGCCCCUACCACUCCAAUGGGAACAGUGGGAACAACCUGGUCCCGACUAACAGCAAUAGUAACAGUAGCAGCGGCAGCAACAAUACCAACUCUCUCUCUCAGUCCCUCUCACCUCAAAACGCCUCAAAAGGACCUCCACCUCUUAGUAACCCCGGCAACAACAAUGGCACUUCGGCCCCUGGCUGUAGCUCCUCACUUCCUAGAGAUGGGCAUUCUGAUUCGUCCACAGGUCCACCUGUCAUCAAGGAGGAACCAAUAGAGGAGAGGGAGGAGAGCGAAAGCCCACCUCCUGUUUUGAGAAGCCCCUCCCCUGAGCCCAAGCCGGUGGACAUUCCGAUCCACGCCAGCCAAUCAGCACGGUUCCACAGAGUUCUAGAUCGGGGCAGUGGAAACUCCUGCGCCCGUAGCGACGUUCUCUUCGUCCCCCUGGACGGCUCCAAACUGUGGAAGAAAAGGAACGAGGUGAUCGAGAGAGCCCGGAGAGAGGUGGAGCAGAGGGCUAGAGACGUGAGGGAGAAAGAGAGGGAAGAGAGAGGGAGAGGGAGAGGGAGCGGGACCUGGAGAGGCAUCUACAACAACAGAAGGACAAUAACAAUGCAAAUAUACAACGCCAGGGCUCCUCUCUCUUCUUCCCCUCAUCUUCCUCCAUCCUCCUCGACCCUAACUCCUCUUCUAACCCUGGGUCUCACCCUCAACCUCACCCCCAGCAGCACCACUCUCACCCUCACCCCCACCCCCACGCUCACCUCCACCCCUCCCACCUCCACCCCUCCCUCUCUCAACACAUCCCACACUCCCUCCUUAUGCAAUCCAUGGGGGGUUCAACGGUGGUUGGCCCACAGGGGGCUCUGGGGAUCGGGUUAGGAGGG